GUCAACAACAACAUUGUCAACACAAAGCCCUAUCGCGGGUAGGUAGAGCAGCAGCACCCACAUCCCUGCUCUUACCCGCGCAAUGGUAGGCAAGUACAAGUUCAACCCCGAGCCCAAUGGCCCCGACCGGCCACGCACCGUCCGCGGGGCAUACAUCUACAACCUUGUAGAUUGCAUCUACGCGUGCAUCCUGCGCGGCGAACUGGACCGUGCGCGACGCGCCUGGGGGAUCUUGGUGCGCUGCCCAGACGUCAACUGGAAGGAGAGGUGGCGCUGGGGUCUGUACCUCAUGACCGCUGAGACGGACGCCGAGGCGCCGGCCGGAACACAGACUCAAACGCAGACUCAGCAGCCUAAAGAGGUGGAGCGCUGGCUCAAGAGUCUUCAGAUAUCAAUGCCAGAGGGUGAUAGACCCGCCAUCCUCGCCGAGCUCGUCCUCUUCCACAUCAAGGGGCACCGAUACCGCGCCGCGCUCGACGAGCUCGAGACGUACCUCACCUCGUACCCUUACCUGCUUUCAGCCUCGCUGCACACAUAUGCCGGCAUGAUCUGCUUUUACUUGGCACAGCCGAAAGCGCUGCAGGGGUCAGAGUAUGUGCCGCAGGAGCGAGCGGAACGAAGGGAUCGAGAGGUGUCUGUCGAGUCUUCUUCAACUGCGACCAGUGUUGAUUCUAUUGGCCGUAACGUCCCCCCGCCCAACGAGGGCUUGCUGCGGCAAGCGCGCAAGUGGUUCGAAGCUGCGCUCAAGAUCAACCCGCGCGAACAAGUGGCACUGGGAUUCAUUGGCCUGAUGGAGAACCCCGACACUCGGCCAGACUACGCAGAUGACAAGUCGGACGAGGAGAUGGAGCUCGAGCUGCAGAGCAUGGACAGCAAGUCGGACGCUGGGACAGACAAGGGCAGCGAGAGCGACUCGAGGACUGCCACGCCCGAACGGUACGGCGCGUAUGGCGGCUUCAGAGGGAGGCACUAUGAUGACUCGGAUUAGGAGGAGCUUCAUUCCAUGUCUAGAUGCGGUCAUGUUGUAGGAUUAUGCGAUGUUGUAACGGCAUUCUGAACCAAGAGCGGAUGUGCAGCUCGGUCUGACCUAUCUUCAUGUCCUGCCGUCGAUGUGGAAACACAAAACACUUGUGUGCGCGGCCGCAAUGACCAUGUGCACGAGAUGCCAUGCUGUCACAUCGCCAGCACAAGGUCCGCAAGUGUCCGCCCUCAUGACGAAGCCGACAUCUGGUCCAUCAAUCGCCUGACCACACAAACACGCCGGGCGGGCGACACCAACAACACGCAUCGCCGGCCAUUCCCACACGGCAUAAACGUCAGUGAGAAGAAAGGUUAGUGGGCUCGGAAACAGCCGAUCAUGGCGAGUGUGGGAGGCCCCAGUGUCACACGAGACAACGCUCGUGUGGGAUGUGGGAGCACAUGUGGACCCACAACCAGACCUCCGACGACUGCUGUGAACCUGCUGGGCAGACAGCACCAACGAGCAUGCCAUGCCGUGCCGCUCAUGAGCAGCAGGAUGUGCAUGACAGCGUCGGCGUGACAGCCG